UUUAAGUCGGUUAUUUUUUUUAUGUAUUAUACAGACACGUUCUCUUUACGGAUGCCAUCUUCAAUAAUGAGCCACGUGCUAACGUGGUAAGCUUUGCUCAGAGCAUGGUGAUGAUACAUCUAUGCUCAGAGAUAGCGAUUAGGAACAUUAUUGAGUUGAUGUGUAAACAUCGCGACUAGUCUCAAAACACGAUUGUUCCGUUUAACUAAACUUUAUUGACCGAUGGGAGCAAGAAGAGUUUGUUCUGUACUUUGUGUGUGUUUUCUCUUUGGUCUAUUUUGCCUGAUCAAAUACAGCUAUCAUUGUUAUCAUUAACGGUACAGUUCGAAAUGUGAUUUUCAAUUUGUUCGCAAGUAGAACACACUAUGGAACUACAGCGUUUAUAUCAACAGUAUGGCUUUUCUUGGUCAUUCUGGAGUUUGUUUAAUAUUAGGAAUGGAUGCAUAGGCCCAUUAUGUCGACGCAGAUUGAUUAUAUUUACAGUCGCAUAGGAUGAAUUGUACCAUUCAUACACACACACUUGGUGGUAUCAAAGUUGCUACGAUACGCACGGAAGUAGAGGAUAUAUCUAUUAAUUAAAUGGUACAUCUGUAAAUACAACAGUAAUUUGGAAUGUGAUGUAGGUUAGUAAUAAUCGAAUUUCCAGAACUAAUAUCUUCCGGUAAUACCCGCAGUGAUGCAGUCAUGCAAGUACAGAAUGUUACAUUGAUUCACUGAAGUAACACAACGUUGGAAACAAGCUAUAAGACCUGUAUUUCUAUAGCUAUGUCGAAUAUUGCUGUUUUGAUGUAGACAUGCAAGAUUUAUACACUAGCCUAAAUGGAAUCAUUAAAACAUGGCAUCUUGGCUUUGAUAAAUAUAAGACUUGAAGAAUAUGAUUCAAUAUGAACUGAAAUUGCAUAUAAAGAUGGAUGUUACGUUACUGAGAAAACAAGAGCGCCAAAAGUCUUCAAAAGAAUCUCCCCAGCAAAAAUCAAGUAAAGGUGAAAAAUAUGCCAAGUUUAUUCAACUGAUUGGACGACUUCAACUGCAUUACCAAAGUCAACUCAGUCCAAGUCUUAUCGCAAUGAACAAGUUCACAAAGUCUACCAAGUAUUUUAUCCAAGCGUUAAGAAGUAUCAAACCACAUGAUUCGCAACGUAUCACCUCUCUGCGUAUGGUUCAGAGUGGACUAGCAUCUUGUCGGCUUGAACAUGGCGACAAAAACAGCUGGGUCAUCAUUCUCGAAUCAUUCCUAAUGAACGUCCAAAACUUUCGCAUCUUACGGCAGCAAGUUAAAAUGGAUAUUUUUAUGAAACUUAAGGCAUUACCACAAGAGCUCGAGAACGUUACACAGGCGCGGAGCAGAGGGGAGUUGGAGGUACUAUUAAAUACCUGGUCCACCUUAGUUGACCUGGACCAUGAUCUUUCAAGAUUGGAGCACGCAAGUGUAGUGGAUUAUUCAAAACACUUUCAAAACGAUCUUGACAUGAACUCGGUUAAAGGAGUGCUAAGCCUACUACCAAAGUUAUCAGAUAUACUAAAUAGGAUUGACUUCUUGCUUACAAAAUAUCAAAUGUAGAGCUAUUUAAAAUGUAUAGAGUCAUAUAAGUUAUCGGACAUCGAAUAGGUGCACUAUUUGUUACUUACAAAUUACCAAACGUCGUUAAAGUAUCGAUUUGUAACCAUCAGAGGAGUGAAUGCAGAAUUACGGUACAGUAUCAUGGAAAGAAGCAAUAAAUGGAUAAAUGGGGUUCACGGCAAGAGUGGCGCCAACGGGGGGGGGCGCCCCCCUCCCCGGGGGGAGAGCUUCCUGCUUCCUGCACCCCUUCCUCCCCCCACGUCGGGGAGAAAAACCACAAUUUUUCAGGGAGAAAAUUUUGUAUAGGCCUAUGUAUUUUCUACAUAUUAGUAGAUUCCAAAAUUGAUUAAAUAAGCCUUUGAAACCCCUAAAUUGUCAUAUUUUUCCCCUACAACACUUUCUAGAGAUUUUGAGCGUCGUCGGACCAGGCCUUUUUUGUAUGUAGUUAAUCGAUUUUUGGAGUGUCUGCGCCCGCCGCCAAAAAUUAAAAAAUUAGAAAACUAAAAAAUCGGAGUUUUCAAACUUUUAUCCAAACCUGCGUACUAUAAAAUAAACAAGCUCUCUCUAUGGGCCUAUGUAGAGAGAGAAACGCAAAACCACCAAAGUCGGAGUUUUGGCGGCGGGCGCAGACACUCCGAUUUCGUAAUAACAACUUACCUCGUGUACAUAGUCAUCAACCUGAGAGUGGCUACCCCCACUAUGUGAAGCCGAUAAGCUAAACCCUAAUUCUGCUCUGUAAUAGUUUUUAUUGUUGUUUAACAAUUUAUGUCCGUAAAGAUUGCUAAACGUUUACAUACAGUAUACGCACAACAUGUAAUGUACUCUGCAUCCGUAACUGGAGAAAAAUAUGCAACACCAGGUGGUAGAAGGGAUGUCGUUAUUCCCGAGGAUUAGGAGGCCUAUCUGAUUAUUCUCGAUGGUGGAAAGAAUGGGGUUAUUUUCGAUAAUACUGAGAAUGGGGUAAUUCACAAUUGUGCAUGGAAUGAGGAUAUUCCGAAGAGUAGACCAUGAGGAUAUACUCGAUUGUGAAAAAGAUUUGACAGGGUUACCGAGUGGUGGAGAGGGCGGAGUUAAUUUCGAUGGUUGAAACGGAUGUUUUUCUGGGUGGUCCUGAGAAUGGGGUUAUACACUGUGAUUGAGAGAAAUUGGUUAUUCCAGAUGGGGAACUGGUUGAAAUAGAUUUUUUUUUCUAAGCCCCGCCCCUUGGAUAUUGUUGCUAAGGUAAAACAAAAAAAAGAAGCGACAGGGUAAAAAAAAUACGCAAACACAUUGGUUUAUCUCCAGAAGUCUUACCUGAAAGGUGCUGAUGGAGGUGAAGUAGGCAAAGGAGACUGCUUGGAUGGGUACUUUUUAAAUAUAAUGUGCAUGCUUUAGGCGCAUGGAAGUUUUGUGAAUGACUUCUCAGUUUAAAUAUGUAUUUCAAAAACAGUAAUGCCUACUCCAACGCCCGCCAUACAUUAACCAAGUUGUAUUGAUUAAGUCCUUUAUCACACACAUGAUAUUGUUGAAAUGCAUUAGUUUGCUAAACGUAAAACUUCCUGAAUAGAUAAUAAAAUGUCAGUCAAGUUUAUUGUAAA